CCGGCAGCGGGCGGAGGAAGGCGGCUGUGCCGGGAGCCGCGGGCGAGGGGCGAUCCCGGCUGGAGCGCGCCGCUUCCCCCCGCUCAGGGCUGGGGGAAGGAAGGUGGCCCGGCCGGCCGGCCCGCCCUCCGGGGAUCACCGGCAGUGCGGAAGGAGCCGACCUGCCGGGGCAGCUUCCAGAACCGGAUCUUUGCCUCGAAGCUGCAUCAAAGCCAGACUGUGAAUCUUGGGCUGUGGCACUGGGAGAGGCGAACUCGGAAGAUUUGCGGAAUAAAAUUCAGCAGCUCCGGAAGCUGAUCAUGGAAAUCAAAGAGGAGAGAUCAUCAGAUGAAGCACAACAGUUUUUCCCUUCAUCCCAGUUAAACAGUCUAGGAGAGCCCCAGUUUACGAGUAUUCAGAGAAUUGCAAAUGAGCCAAAGCUGGAGUUCAGUCUUGCAUGCAAGGAUCUAGUGGCUGCUACCCGUGAUCGGAAGCUGAAUACGUUUAUCCAAGUCUCAGUGGUGCAUCCAGCAGAGCACAUUUUGACGUGGUAUUCAAGCACUGAAAUCGUGGAGGGUACAAAAGAUCCACUGUUUUUGACUGGUGUGACCUUCCCACCGGAAUACCCGAUCUAUGAGGAAACUAAAAUAAAACUAACAGUCUAUGAUGUCAAAGAUAAAUCCCAAGACACGGUCCGCACCAGUGUCCUACCUGAUCACAAGGAACCAAAAACAGAUGUGGGGCAAAGCUUCCUGGGCUGUGCAACUUUUAGAGUAGGAGAUCUGGUAAAGUCAAAGGAGCACCAGUUGACCCUUACCCUCAGAACAUCUGAUGGUGGAAAGACAGUUGGUACCAUUGAAGUCAACCUUGUGAAGAUGGGAGAGCUGGAGGAGGGGGAAACAGACCACAUCAUAGCAAAUACCCAGGAUCAGAAGUGUGCAUUGGUUCAUGAGUGUACAGCCACUGAAGGCAUAAGUGGGAAAGACAACCUGCCUUCCUUAAAUGCAGUGUUGAGAAACCCAGUUUGUAAGUUAUAUAGAUUCCCUACUUCUGACAACAAGUGGAUGCGGAUCCGGGAACAGAUGGCUGAGACUACCCUAUCUUUCCACGUUCCUAAAGAACUAAUAAAUCUGCACAUAAAGGAGGAUAUGAGAAGGAAUCAAGAACUUAAAGACCUGGGAGAACUUGCUCCUCACUGGGACAACAUGCGCAAAAGUGUAAUUACUCACUGUGAUCAGAUGUUGAGCAUGUACCAGGACACUCUUGCAGAGCUUGGGAAGCAUACAGGUUCUUCCUUUAAGUCAAGCUGUAGCAAAGGAGAAAAAACACUAGAAUUCAUCCCAAUAAAUCUUCAUCUGCAAAGAAUGCAUGUGCAUAGUCCUCAAUUCAAAGAUGCUCUGUAUGAUGUUAUCACUGUGGGAGCCCCGGCAGCACAUUUCCAAGGAUUUAAGAAUGGUGGGCUCCGGAAACUGCUGAGUAAAUUUGAGGCAGAAAGACGAAAUACUGGAUACCAGUGUAUUUACUAUUCACCUGAAAACACAGCCAAGGCAAAAGAAGUUCUCAGCAACAUCAGUCAUCUGCAACCUCUCAUAUCAAGCCAUGCAGACCUGCUGCUUAGCUCUGCAAGCCAACAUUCUCCAGACAGCUUGAAGAAUUCUUUAAAGAUGCUUUCAGAAAAAACGGAGUUAUUUGUGCACACAUUCAAAGACCAGCUGGUCAGAAGUGCCCUUUUAGCACUGUACACAGCCCGGCCUGGCUGUGUCCUCAAGAAACCAGCUGUGCCUAGAAACAGUGCAGAAGAAGGGGCUGAUGCACAGCACCAGGACCAUCCUUCUCAGAUUAAAAGGCAGGACUCUAUACCCCAUCAUUCUGAGUAUGAUGAGGAAGAGUGGGACAGGGUGUGGGCCAAUGUGGCAAAGAGUUUGAACUGCCUUAUUGCCAUGGUGGACAGAUUGCUUGAAAAAGACAACAUCAGCAACAUUAAAGAGGGUGAAAAUGAGCCUUCAGCAGCAGAUUGCAAGGUGUUGCAUACAGGAGAUGACUGGUAUGAGCAGCUGUACCCGCUGGUGAUUACACUGAAGGACUGCAUGGGAGAGGUGGUGACCAGGGCCAAGCAAUCCAUGGCGUUUGUGCUGCUCCAGGAACUUGCCUGUGGUUUGCCCCAGUGUUUGAUGCUGACCCUAAGAAGAGACAUCGUCUUUAGCCAAGCACUUGCUGGAUUGGUCUGUGGUUUCAUAAUCAAACUGCACACAGGUUUACAUGAUCAAGGAUUUUUACAACAGCUUCAUACUGUUGGAUUGCUCGUGCAGUAUGAAGGACUCCUUAGUACAUAUAGUGAAGAAGCAGGGAUGCUAGAAGACAUGGCUGUGGGCAUUUCAGAUUUGCAGAAAGUAAUGUUUAAAGUCAUUGAAGCCAAGUCAGAAGAUUUUUUGCCUAUUAUAACUGGAAGGCGUGAACAUUACAUUAUAGAGGUCCAGCUUCCAGCAAAGAUGUUUGAGCUGCUGCCACAAGAGAUUAAAGAAGGAAAGCUGCUUCGCAUGUAUCCGGUGCUCUUUAAUGUUGGAAUCAAUGAGCAGCAAACACUGGCAGAGAGGUUUGGAGAUACCACUUUGCAGGAAAACAUUAACCAGGAAAACUUAGAACUUCUCAAAGAAUAUUACAAGUUAUUUACGGAAAAAAUGCCUCCUGAUUGUUUACCACAUUUUCAAGAACAAAAUGAUUUAAAGGGAUUGCUAGAAAGUCUUAAUCAAAAUAUCCAGGCCAAAAAGAGAAAGAAUGUAGAAAUCAUGUGGCUGGCUGCAACGAUUUGCCGGAAGCUGAACGGGGUGCGCUUCACCUGCUGCAAAAGUGCCAAAGACAGGACAUCCAUGUCAGUGACGCUGGAGCAGUGCUCCAUCCUGAGGGACGAGCACCAGCUGCACAAAGACUUCUUCAUUCGGGCGCUGGAUUGCAUGAGGAGAGCACCUACAGAAUACAAAGUAAUCAGCUCAGAAAGGUUUGCAACUUCCAGCAACCUGCCUUGUGGUGGUGUGAGAAGGAUGCCGCAUAGAGAAUGUUCUGAAGAAUGUCAAAUGCAGAAAGUAUGCAUUCAACAUGAUACAGCUGAUGGCUUUCCCAAAGUACUACAGACCUCCAGAAGGGACAUAUGGAAAAGCUGACACCUAAGUUUCACAAAAGUGUAAUCAGGAGCAUAUAUCAUGCUAAUUAGUGACUAUAACAACCGCUGUUUAUGACGUAUGAAUUGGGAAUGUAUAACCAGUGGAGGUGUUAUUUUUAUAAGGUUUUAUCAUUUUACAUUGAAAUUAAUCUGGUUAGUCAUUAUGAAAUAAAUACCAUGAAAAAGCAAUGGACUGGAUAUUCUGAAAAACAAAUAUAUUCAAGUUAUUUUUGUGAAAUUGAAGCUUAGUAUGACUCAUAAGCCAGCUGGAAUUAGUUUCUGGGGUCAUUUGAUUGAAGAUUAAAAAGGGAAAUGGCAUUUGCUGUAGGAACGGAGAUUAGUAAUCUGGAAGGUGGCAUUCUGACUCCAAACCAAAACCUGAUAUUUUAUUUAAGGGGUCUCUUACUGCUGGAAAAGGUGUUUUCUGUAACCAGCAGAGCACUGAGGUGUUGAUCACUAAUGAUUAAACCCUUCACAGAAAUAUUUAUGAAACAUGCUAAUGUUAAUAUCUGGGCUAAAUAUAAUUUUGGUAAUUACAAUUAAGCAUGGUAACUUCAUAAUAUGUUUUUAGUAAUUGCAGACUGUAAUUUCAGUAAUUCCAUUUGAUUCCCUGCGGUUUGGAUGUAUCACUCCUGGUUUUCUGUACCCCAGCCAAAUACCACUUAUUUCACUUUCACAUAAAUCGCACUGAAAUCAGGGAGAUGAUUCCAGAAGUAAGGUGACCUGAAUUUGACCUCCUAUUUAGUGUAAACCCGUAAAAGUAAAUUUUCUUUAGUGGUAGGGAAAAUAAGUUGUAUAUACAGGAGUUAAUGUAUCUUUUGACUAUGAAAAGAUAUGUUAUUACAAAGCCUAAAAUAAAUAUUAUGAGUAAACUGCUGUAGUAGGACUAGUUAGCCACUGCAGCUGAUUUAUACCAAAUUUGUAAUGCUGCAGGUAGACACUCUAGGAUGAAGAGCUAUCAGCUUUAAAAAUGAAUGUUAAUGCUCUGCCAGCUUGUGUUAGUCCAGAAAUUUGUCUUGCAGAGAACAUUUGUGUUUUCUAAUUAGGUCUAUUUACUACCUUCUUCUGCCUCCCAGAGAGAAAUACAAUUUAAAAUUCCCAAGUAUUCACUGGUUACUGACCUUUGUGUAAUGCCUUCUUUUCAUAACUAGAGCAAAAGUAUGAGAAAUGUAUCCUAAUGAAACUACCCUGGGAAUUUGAGCAUCUGUAGGAAAUUGUAGUUGCCAUGGAUAAAGAAGUAAAUGUUUGCUUACUCCUAUGGAAGUCAAAGAAAUCUCUAUACACCACGACUUUUAAUUUGUUCUUUUUAAUCCAUUAAUACCCAUUACUGGGUAAAAAUCUGUAACUAUAACAGAAUUUAAGAGUCUGAUUCUGCAAAUUUCAUUUGGGUGAUCCAUGGAACUGAUCUAUCGUUUAGCUAAAAUUAAAUGUAUCUUGUAUAUUUGCAUGAUCAGGCUUUGGAGUUUGUAGGAAAACAUCAGAAAAAGAUCCUCAUUCUAAUAUUCAUUGACUUCAGUGGAGCCAGAAAUUCACCUAUACAAUAUAUUAACUAAUUAGAACUUCUUUUUCCAAGAAAAGUAGAUAAUGUAAGUAGUGUUUUGGUACAUUAGUUUUUUAUUUCUAUUAUAUAAUAUGCUGUCAUUAAUUGCUUCCUUUUUCUUGGAAUGUAUUACUUCAGUAUAUGUCAGAAGAGUUGACAAUGCAUCACAGAUAAGCUCAGACUGAUGAGAACAUAAUGCCUUGAUUUCUUCUUGUCAUGUACCAGUAGAAGUGGACAAUACUCAUUGGCUGGAUAUGUGCAUGAAUUAGUGUUUGUCAUUGAAUAUAAUGUAGCUGAAUUCUGUGAAACUUUUUUGUGGAUUUAUGGAACAUAAUCCUUCCUAGAAAAGUAAUGUUUUCUUCUGUCAGGCUGCUGCACUAGCCCUCACUACAUACAUGUUUAUUAUUAGCUUAAAAAAGCGCUACACAUGCAAUUUAGAGAUAGUGAUAAAUUCCUCAUGGAUCACCGAUAUAACCCCAGGUAUGUAGUAGAGAAUGCCAACCAUUGCACAGUAGUUCUGAAAUUUUCUGUAAAAAUCUCAGUGGAGAUGGUGUUCUCUGCUGGGUGCUAUAGAUAGCCAGACUUCUUUAUCUGAGUACCAUUGGCAUUCUGUCAAGUUAAAAAUAUGAAAUUAUCUAGAUUUUCUUGUCAGGAAAACAGUUUUUCAAGAUUUUGCCUCAGGAUUUUAAUCCUGCCUGGGCUCUAAAUUGCUGUUGUCACUACCAUGUUAUUUUUGUGUUGAAGUUGUUUUUCACAAGGUUUUUCACAUGGUUGAAGCCAUGGAUUUGAUGAGGAGAAAGAAAAAAUGGCACUGGCUUACUGUCCUUUUUGUUUUAACAGCCAUUCACAGUAUGUUCUGGUGAAAUUAAAUAAUCUCUUAUUUGCUAAAGAUAAUUAAGACAAAACCACAAGCACAUCAGUCAGCUGCAGUGAAACUUCAUUGUGCUCGGGCCAUUACAAAAGAGUUGGCUGAGUUCUGCCCUAAAUAGUGCUGAAAUUUUUCUCACUAAAAUUUGGAUUAGAACAUCUUGUUGUAGGUCAGGAGAACUUUGUAAAACCUGCUGAAGUGCUCCAAGUCUCCUGAAAAAGCCUCGUUGCUUCAGUAGCAAAAAAGGCCCAAAUGUUUUGUUGUUUGGUCAGUGCCUGCUGGUGGUCCCUGUGGGCAAAGGCUGUGCCAUCAGCUAACCAUGGAUUCAAAAUUCGUGGGUUUUCUGGUCUGCCUUUUAUGAAGAAACAAAGAGGGGUUUGUUGCAGCUUGAUGGUUGUGUUACAUGGAGUACAUUUACUUUUGUGGCAGCUGCUUGCAGCCCUCUGAAUUGUUUGAAUGUCUAACAGAGGAGUUAAAUUAUCCCUAGGGUCUUGCACAUUAUCUGGCAGCUCACUGUGGAUUUCAGAUUAGUAAAACCACACAACUUAAUUUUUAUAAGCAAACUACAUUGUUUGUUUUGCAGAGGGGUAAGGUAAGCAUAGUGAUUUUGAUAGUGGCUUUGCAAAAACGGUUCCAUAACUGCUCUCUUAAAACUUUUGUAAGGUAUAAAAUAAUCUGCUUGAAGAGGAGGGCAGUUCUCAAGGGCUAGAAGAUGAAAAUUCAAAAAUACAUCUGGCAUCUAAAGCCAAAUCUUGUCUUACAGAUUAUAUUAUUUGUAGAAAUCAAAUCAGGAUCUGUCUUGAGGAAUCCUGAAAUAAGGGCUCCUAGCUUUCAAUAUUUGUACAAUGCAGCACACACUUAGAUGGGGGUUUUGUCCCACAGAGUAAUGACUAGAUAGAGAGCUAGUCUGAAAUACCUAAAAACAUAAGGAAAGGAAGGUUAAAGUAUUUUUUUUUCCCAGAAAUGAUUGUAAUAUUGUUAUAAUACAUGUCUAUGACUGACAUUAUAUUAUCUAUUGUUUAUAAUACAUGUUUAUGACUGACAUUAAACAGGCAGGUCUUUUUUUUCUGAAGUCUUUUGAGGAAUUUAAAAUACAUUCUGAUUAAUGUUUGUAUUUUGGCUUUUAUGGAGCAAUUAGGAAGCAAAACUUUUUUAUUAUGUUAUCUGAUUUUUGUCUAUGUGAAGCUAUGUAUUUUGAUGAAAUCCUAGCAAUGUGUGUGUUAUAAAGAAAAAAUAAUUUAGGAGGACAACUGAAACAAAAUACGAACUGAGAAGUAGUAUUAAUGAAGCCCUUUGCAAUCUUAAUUUUUUGGUGUCUGAACUUUGCCAUUACAUAAGUGAAAUGAGGAAAUUAACAAACAAUUUUGUGUCUAAAUCAAUCUCUCCUGAUGAAAAUUCACUUAGUUGCAGUGGAAUAACUUGAAAUGGUAUUCCAAAUCUUCACUAGUAAUUUUGGUAUAAUGAAGUGCAACACUUCAUUCUGAAACAUUCUCUAGAAUAUGCCUAUUGAAAGUUUCAGGAAAAACUUGUUUUUCUUUCUAGAUUAAACACAAGUUCCAAGAAAUCCUUUGGUCCAUUUAAAAAAAAGCAGAAAAUGCACUGAACAUCAACCAGUGUAAUAAAGAAAGGAAUUGCAUUGAAAACUAUGCAGAAAAAUUACUUGUGUGAAUUAAUUUUUGUAAUCACUUAACAGUCUUAUAUGUACAUUGUGUCAGUUGAUUAUAUUGUAAACUUGAAACCAUUGAUAUCUAUAUUUAUGCUCUUUUUAUUAUAAAGAAGUGUACUGUAUAGGCAGUGCCAUGAGACAUGAAUUUGCAUCUUGCUUUUCACUUCCUUGCAGCUUAAAAGCAUAUGUUUACAAUGGAUAUGCUUUAAAGUAAUUUGCUGUUCUUGAAAACACAAACUUACCUUGUAUAUUGCAUGUUUACAAAAAAAAAAUCAUACAAAUACUUUUUUAGAGAGAAAAAAAAUCACAGACUUCAGUCCUUAAAACAUUGUUUUUUUCCCUAAGCCAUGCAACACCUCAACUGUUGUGUUGCCAAGCAUUUGGCUUACACUCAACAGGACUCAAACAUUUAUUUUCUCUUUCUUUCAUAGCAUCUGCUGAAUAAGUAAUAUAACAGCCAUGACUAUCAGCAUGACACUCGUGAGCCAAGGUUAAAAACUUACAUUUCCUAUGAGCAAUUACUUCAGGAUAAAUAAACUGUAAGAGACUUGUGAACCAGCGUCUCCCUGUUCCAAAGAGCUGAAACAUAAAGCACAGGAUUUGUGUGCUGACUGGGAAAAAGAGUUACAGUAGGAGUCUGACUAUGAUAAAAGAGUGCCCUGGACAAGCCAGGUUCAGAGUAGUGAGAUUUGAACCACACUGCACUUACUUAGAGUUCUAACUGUUGGCAGUGGUAUUUGAUUACUCUUUCCAUGCAUGCAAAAUGCUUUAAAAGUUUUCAGCACUUCUGUUUAUGAAUGGUCUGAUUUUAAAAUUUCUGAAAAACCAAAUUACUUUGGUACUUGUUUUCUUUUUGUGUAGCUGUUCCUUGUGAUGUUCCUGUCUUACAUUCUGGAGCACAUAGGGCUGUGUAUAAGUAACAUUAACAGGACUUCAGUCCGCAGCAUGUGUUUGUCCAGAGAAACAAAACACAACUAUAGGAAUUCAAUGCUUUUUGUGUUUCAGGGUUUAUCAUUUUUGUUUCAUUGCUGUUUGUAAGCCAUGUCCAUUGUACACUAUGUGUAUAUUUUUAUUUAAAUAAAUUUAAUGUUUAUUUUUUAUGUUUCUGA